AUGGGUAAAUAGAUAUUGCAAGAACAAUAAGCUUUAAAAAAUCCUAGCCUUAGGAAAAAAUCCAAAAUAAGAAAGGAAUAAUAAAAUAAUAAAUCAGAUUUAAAUAGGUAUUUUGAAAAAUCUGAACCAAAUUUAGAAUGCAUAAUUUGCUAUUCUCCUAUACUUGAUCAAGUAAUCUAAUAUUUUAUUUUUCAAGGGAAUAAUAGAAUCAUGUCAACAUAAAUUUUGCUUCUAAUGUAUCAAUAUAUGGGCAAAAUAAAGUCUUUCAUGUCCAUAAUGCAGAGCUGGUUUUACUAAAAUCAAUCGAAUUUGGAAAAAAGAAAGUAUUGAAAAGCAAAAAACCUAUACUUUUAUUGACCCCAAAAAAACAGAUGAAAUGUCUCAUCAUUUAAGAUUUACUCAAUUAUUAUCAUCACUAUUCUUUUUAGCGUUGUUUAUGGGUUCAGAAGAUGAAUAAGAUUGA